AUGGAGGGACUUUUCACUUUGCUCGCAUUGAGCAUUGUGAUGGCAGUUACAUCUUUCGUUGUGGGCUCGUUACCACUUGCAUUCACGCUUUCUUCCUCCCAGUUGCGACUGAUAUCAUCCCUUGGCAUGGGAGUCUUGGUCGGGACAUCCUUGAUUGUGAUUAUCCCGGAGGGGGUAGAAACUCUAUACAGCGCAAACUUACCUAUUGACCGAAAAGCACUCAGCAGUCGUUCGACCGGGGCGGUGACCUGGCAAAACCGGAAUAUCCCGACCGUCGCUACUGCUAUGAUCCAUACUCCUGCAGAAAUUAACUCGGUUGAUGUCCCUGUAUCCUCUUUCGCGGAUAAAUCUACACUAUCGCCCACUUCCGACUCCACGCCAUAUGUCACACGCCGUGGGGAGAAAGGAGAGGAGGCAUCAGAUGAAGAGAAGAAGAAUACACACGAUGACGAAGGGAGCUCGCCACAUGCCUGGAUUGGGAUCGCACUCAUUAGCGGUUUUAUCCUCAUGUAUCUCAUCGACAAGCUCCCGGAAUUCGCAGCGCCGGCCAAACAGCAACGGACGCCAUAUCAUAUUUCUCUCGAUAACCUAGGCUCCGGAUUGCGUCGCAAUUCAUCCCCCUCACGGGAAGGGGGGCUGCUGGAUGCUGGAAAUAGCCCCAGGAGCAGCCACAGCUUCGCAACAACCACCGGGCUUGUUAUCCAUGCGGCUGCUGACGGAAUCGCUCUGGGAGCGUCGAGUUCCGAUACUGGCCUAAGCUUCAUUAUAUUCCUCGCUAUCAUGGUCCAUAAGGCCCCAGCAUCUUUUGGUCUUACGUCAGUCUUGUUGAAGCAGGGUCUCUCCAGCCGCGCUGCGAGAGCGCAUUUACUGGUCUUUAGCCUGGCGGCGCCCUUGGGCGCGUUGGCGACUUUCUUAUUUGUGCAAGUAAUGGGCUCAGGGUCUAGCAAUGACUUGACUGCUACUCAGUGGAGAACUGGGGUCCUUCUGUUGUUUUCGGCCGGUACAUUCUUGUACGUAGCCAUGCACACAAUGCAAGAGAACAAUCCAAGUGCUGUCUCGCGUGAGACACAAGGGAACGGAUAUGGCGACUCAAGAGACCUUCCGUCCAAGUCCAACAAAUCCAUGAGGGAUUUGAUUGCUUCUGUUGUCGGCAUGAUUUUGCCGCUGUUUCUGCAACUCGGCCAUGCCCACUGA